GCAGAGAGGUCGGGACGCUGAAGCAGUAAGGUGCCGGGUAAUACGGACGGUGUUACUACAGUUGCUCGCUAGUCCUACUAAAUAUUAAAGCAUGGAUGAAGAACCAGAAAGAACCAAGCGCUGGGAAGGAGGCUAUGAAAGAACAUGGGAGGUGCUAAAGGAGGACGAGUCUGGAUCACUUAAAUCCACAAUAGAUGAAAUUCUUUUCAAGGACAAAAGGAAAAGAGUCUUCGAACACCGUGGCCAAGUUCGACUUGGAAUGAUGCGCCACCUUUAUGUGGUUAUUGAUGGUUCUAGAACAAUGGAAGACCAAGAUCUGAAACCCAACAGGCUCACGUCUACGUUAAAGUUGAUGGAAUAUUUUGUGGAUGAAUAUUUUGAUCAAAACCCUAUAAGUCAGGUUGGCCUCAUUGUUACAAGAAAUAAGAGGGCAGAAAAGUUGACAGAACUUGCUGGUAAUCCCAGACAGCAUAUAACUGCGCUGAAGAAGGCUGUAGACAUGACCUGUACCGGCGAGCCGUCCCUGUACAAUUCCCUAAACCUGGCUUUACAGACUCUGAAACACAUGCCUGGUCAUACGAGUCGUGAAAUCUUGGUGAUUUUUAGUAGUCUGACUACAUGCGACCCUUGUAAUAUCUAUGAAAUGAUAAAGUGCCUGAAAGCCAGCAAAAUCCGAGUGUCUGUAAUCGGCCUUUCUGCUGAAGUGCGAGUCUGUACUGUGCUGACACGAGAGACUGGUGGUGUCUAUCAUGUGAUUUUGGAUGAAAGUCACUUCAAGGAACUCCUCAUGUAUCACGUGAGCCCUCCACCUGCAAGUAAUGGCUCUGAGUGUUCACUCAUCCGCAUGGGCUUUCCUCAGCAUACGAUGGGUUUUCUCUCCGACCAGGAUGCAAAGCCUUCUUUUAGCAUGGCGCACCUGGAUAAUAAUAGUGAACCAGGCUUGACAUUAGGAGGCUACUUCUGUCCACAGUGUAAAGCCAAGUACUCAGAACUUCCUGUGGAAUGUAAAGUCUGUCGUCUUACACUGGUGUCUGCACCUCAUCUAGCAAGAUCCUAUCACCACCUCUUCCCAUUAGAUGCUUUUAAGGAAAUUUGCCUGGAAGAGUAUGAAGGAGAGAGGCAGUGUCGCGGUUGUGAUGGAGAACUCAAAGAUCAGAAAGUUUACAUUUGCACCGUUUGCCAGAGUGUUUUCUGUGUGGAGUGUGACCUGUUUAUCCACGAUUCCCUGCAUUGCUGUCCUGGUUGUAUCCAUGCCCAGCCCAGCCCUGCCGUAUCAUGACCCUAUUCUACAGCCUCUACCAGUGUGAUAAUACCUGACAAUCUCCAGCUUCACUAAUGCUUCUGACUGGCUGAUCUACAGGAAAGCAGAAGAACAGUGUUUUUUCUUGUUUAUAAUCUAAUUUAUUUAGAUUAAAUGUUAGAAAUAUAACAGGUCUUUGUUUUCUAGAACAUUGCAAAAAAUAUAUUCUACUAUCUCUUAAACACUACAUGUAAAGACCAUCUGCUUGAUGAAUGGUCCCUGUAGUAUUUAACCCUCUGAGAAUGUCCCAUUGAGUAUAAAGAGCUGUGUAUAUUAUAUUGCACUCGGUUAAGAAGGCUCACUAGGAGUGAAUAAGUGUCAGCAUUUUUAAGUAGUUUCAUAUGACACUUAAGGAAUGUACUCUGCAAAUAGUGGAUUAACAGUUCCCAUGGAAUUAUUUUGUUUACCUUUGAAACAUGGACUUAUGUUUUGCUGUAACGCUGAUCUAGAACUUAUAAGGGGCAGGAGAAUGUUCAGUUUUGUACUUAAGGUGGAAAUGUAUAAAUAUACUUUUUAGUGGGACUAGUACGGUUUUCUACCUCUUUAUGAAUCAUUUUCAUGCAGCCUUGUAAGCAUUAAACAAAUACUUUUUUA